UGUAAAAAACUCAUGCUGUGUAUGCAGUGAGCUUAGGUUGAAAGCGAACCUCAAAACUCACCCAGAGGUAAUAGCCUAUCUCAUCAGAACCAAAGCCCACCUGUGUGUUAACAUCUCUGCACUGAACACAACUUGGAGCUCUACCAUCCCAUGCAUUCCUCAGAGCGCUCUAGGAGAGUUAUAUGUGCAACGAGGAUAACGUGACAAGUGUGACUAUUGCAGAACUGAAGGAACAGCUAUCCUCACGUUUCCCAUAUAUAGACAUUCACACUUUGUACACAAAUACAGCUGCAUACGAGUGGUCAAUAUUGAAUAUUCAACUCAAUAUGUAAAUAUGAAGUCAACAAAAAGCAGAAUUGAAAAGAUAUAUUGACAAAAGCAGAAGUUACUAUUGCUUCUUCUUCUUCUGUAUGUGCAGACAGAACAGGUAACACAAAAGACACGCGCUAACGCACACACACCUGCACACUCACUGCAAAUGCAAUCACUACCAACUUAUACAUGCAUACAACAAUCAUGCUUUCACACGGUACAUGUGUGAUCUUUGACAUCCUUGGAUCAAUAAGUUAAACACUGAAAUAAUCUGGAUUAGUCUUUAAAUGUGUUUACUGAAACAAGGGAACCAUGCCUACUGUGGAAACCACCCGCUUUUACACAUCCCAUUGUAGUUCAAAUACAUGCAUGGACUCCUAUGUAUUCCUGUGUCAUAUGUAAACAGGCACUGAAAAGAUAUUUUUGAUUAAACAGAUUCUUGUGAGAUGUUUCCGCUCUCAGAAAAUGAGUCGGGGAAUUUUAAUAUGUCAUCUAUUAUUGGCAGGGCCUACACAUUUAGAAAUGUGGUGAGUCACAAUCAGCACAGUGUAUCAGGAGGCUGGUGAGACCAAUAGACUCGGUCUGGAGCUUUACCAUCGUGUAGAGGGCCAGUGUGGCUGAUGGACUCUUUUAAGACAGCUGCAGUUUUUCACUUCAAACACCACCAACAGGGGAAGCACUGAGCUCCACAACUGUGCCACAGUGGAUUUCACCACAGGUUUAGUUUUCAUUUUUCUUUAAGUGUUCCAGAUGAAUGACAUGGACAGGGCAUGGAUAGGGCUGUAUAAAACCCUUCAGCUUCAUCGACCUCUACACUAGACACAGGAAACGAAAAACUACUCCCCGAAAGCAGGAACUGAGAACAGAGUUCAGCCACAGACAUUUGAAAAAAAGGGAGGCGUGUGUGUUUUUUGUGGUUGCUUGUCUGAUACAGAAUAUGGAAACUUUCAGUUUCCUUAACGUCAAUUCAUUGCAGUGUAGAGUGGAGGAGGGUUGUUUUUUCUUCUCUCUCUCUCUUUCUCUCUCUCUCUCUCUCUCUCUCUCCGUGUCUCUCCUGCUUCUGUUCAUCACACUGCAGCGAAACAGAUGACGGGGGGCAGAUGGUAAAUCAGACCUGUACUUCACUGGCCACUGACUUCAAAUUUAGGGCAGCUGGCUAUGUGCAGCCAGAGGUCUGUGGCUGCACUGCUAAGAGGAGCAGAUGUGAGCAGAAAGUGACUCAUCUUCAAAAGGACCGCAGAGCAAAAAAGAAAAACAAGACCUGCGCAUGAAACAGUUCACCAUUUCCUGACAAGCUCCUGUGAUGUGUAUGCGGUGGGACCCUUUGACGUGUUAGACACCAACGUCUGUCUACCCGACUAGUCAUAUUUUCAGAGGUAUUUUGGAGAGUUUGGAAGAGUAAAGAACCCUCACUGGAUGUACUCAGUAGUGUGCAUUUAUAAGGCACAAUAAAAACACCAGCUUAGGUAAAAAGCCAUAUGCCAUUCAAUGUAAGAGGAAUUCCAAAAGGAAUAUCUUCUUAGAUUAGAUUCUUUGAUUAGAUAAAUUCAGUUUUAAAAGAAUGAAUUUAAUGAGCUGAUUCACUUUGACACUCACAGACUAGCAGCCUUUGUGUAAGAUACUGCAUGCUAUAAGACGCAAUAGAAAAGCUAAUAUUUGAUCUUCAGUGUCCAUGCUCUGUUUUCCAUAGGUCUGAGAUAUUCAUCGUUGGUCCAUCAAACAGCAAUGGCCUCCUCCUCCAACUCCAGCUGCGUGGUGAACGACCACAUGGAGCCCUUUGCUGCCGUGUACAUCAUCAUCUUCUUGGUGGGGAUGGCAGGAGGCCUGGUGUCCCUCUGGGCCUUCAUCCGCGGCCGAGCCACCAAGAAGUGUAUGAACGUUUACCUCAUGAACCUGCUCACCUCUGACUUCCUGCUCAUGCUCGCCCUGCCGGUGAAGAUCGCCAAAGAUCUAGGCGUGGACUCCGUAUCCCUGACCAUCUUUCAGUGCCAAUGCAGUGGUGUGCUCAUCUACAUCAACAUGUACGCUUCCAUCAUCUUCCUGGCCUUCGUUAGCAUUAACCGCUACCUGCAGAUUACCCAGAGUUCCCGGAUGCUCCAUCUGCAAGAGCCCAGGUUCGCUGCGGUCAUGUCAGCUGUGGUGUGGCUCCUGGUGCUCUUUAUCAACGUCCCCAACAUGGCUAUCCCGA